AUGGGUGUUCAGGGUCUCUGGCAGCUGCUCCAACCCGUUGCUCGUCCUAUCAAAAUCGAGACGCUCGAGGGUAAGCGUCUCGCGAUCGACUCUUCACUAUGGCUCUACCACUUCCAGAUGGCCAUGCGAGACAGAGAAGGACGCACCCUGUCCAAUGCUCACAUCCUCGGCUUCUUGUGGCGCAUUCUAAAGCUACUUUUUCAUGGUGUUCGUCCGGUCUUCGUAUUCGAUGGCGGCGCUCCCGUCAUGAAACGGAAGACGCUAUCCGGUCGUAAAGCUCGAAAGCAGGGCGCGAAAGAGUCGCACGCACGAACUGCAGAGAAGCUGCUUGCGGCUCAGAUGAGGCAAGCUGCCAUCAAGCAUGUUGCUGACGGUCAAGCUCGAGCUCCUUCCUCCGGUGCGCAGCAAGGCUCUGGCGCCCAAGAUAGCACAGGGCUUGCAGAGAACACAGUCUACUAUGACGAUCUUCAGGCUGGCAAUCCAAGAACUUUACCGUCGCGGGACCUUCAAUCUACACAACCAACCAGCUCGGCCGGACCAAGCCGAGGCGAGGGUAGCUCACCAUCAAAAUCAGCUGGACGCAAGAUCGACUGGCACAAGGAUCCGUAUGCAUUGCCAGCUAUGGAGAAGGAUCUCACUUCAGUCGCUGCCGCCAACGGGAAGAAGGGAAGACGCAAGGACUACCGCUUCGCAACGGAGAACGAGCUUCGAGCCGUCAUGAACACGAUCGCCCCCGAAGAUCUCGACACCACCUCUGAACUCUUCCGUAGCUUGCCGGCUGAGCUCCAAUACGAGUUGGUCGGCGAUCUCCGUAUACAGUCACGGAUGACCUCCUACAAGCGUCUUCAGUCUAUGUUGGCCACUGCUCCUACUCCAAUCGACUUCUCGCGAGCUCAGGUCGCUGGACUCAAGACGCGCAACGAUCUGACACAGAAGGUGCUCACCGUCACCGACGAGAUCGGAAAGGCUAACAUCAAGGUGCCUAUCCGAGUAGCCGGUGAACGAAACAAGGAGUAUGUGCUGGUGCGCAACCCUGGUGCUGAAGGUGGCUUCGUUCUGGGUGUACGUGAUUCCGGUGCUACCCAGGAGAAGGCCAUCGACGUCGAUUACGAGUCAGAAGAGAUCAACAUCACCGAUGACGAGGCUCAACAUACAGAGUCGGAUCCCGAACUGGAGAUGGACGACGUCGAGAUCCCGGUGGAAGCAUCACCUCCACGCUCUACCAGCCGUCCUGCUGAUCCAGAGCUCGACGCCUUAACCAAGGAGGCCGACCCACACACCCGCAAGGAGAAGGCUCUCGAACUACUACAGGCGAGAGCCAACUACCAUGCCAAACAGAAACGUCGCGAGGCAGGUCUGCAAGAUGAUGAUCAAGACGAUCUCGAACCUGCCCGACGUCCAAGACGUAAGCGUGGAGAGCGACCUCUCUUCAUCCGCAACCAGCGCGCUCCCGUUGCCGAGUCCAGCAAGUCACCUCAGCAACAAGCUGAAUGGAUCGAUGUCGAUGCAGACUCGGAGGAGGAGGAUGACUUUCAGGUGGUGCAAGACGUUGACGACGAGCUCGAAGAGGAUGAGGCCGAGGACCUCGCUCGCGCUAUUGCAGAAUCUCAAGCAGCAGCCGGCUCCUCUUCUGGAAGCCGCUUCCCCAAACAGCCCAAACCAUCACAUGGCCUCAAGCUGGCCAAUCGUAGUGGAGAGCCCAUAUCGCUACAUGACGCCAUUUUGCAUCGUUCAUCGCAUACUCCGCUCAGCAACGGAUCUUCCUCUCGCUCGCUCGCUACCACACGGACAGCGGCUACGCUGGAAACAGGAACGACAAAUGCAGAUGUUGAUGAACUUGACGAGGACGAUUUUGAGCAUGUCGAACCCCAAGCUCCCGCUGCCUUGCAAGAGGUUCAGCCAACGUUUGAUCAGCCGGUCAACUCAACCACCCCCAGUCACGAUGAGCCUUCUGCGAAGGAUGCGAAUCGCAUGUCAGAGCUCGCAGCGCUGGUUGGUCGUGGCCGCAAAAUGAAUGGUGAUGGAGUACAAGUAGCCCCGCCUCCCCGCAAGAGCCUGGCUGGAAGCCUUCGCGCUGCGCGUCGGUCAAACUCAUCCAGCAACUUGCACGAGAAGCCCCAGUCCGAGCCCACACCCCCAGCAGAAACAUCACCAGUCAAGACCGAUGGUAACGCGUCGAAUAGGAAGGUGGAAGUUGCUGUGACUCCAAAUCGUCCGAUUGCCAGCCGGAUGGGACCACCGCUAAGAUCUGCUUCGCAGCAGCGGCUCGAGCUUGCAAAGAUUCGACCGAAGUCUGACACGCAAGUGACAACACCACAGGACGACCUGCUUCCGACACCGGAAGAGGUCAACCGUCAGAUUGCGAUCGAUAUCGAUGCGGACGAAGCGAAUGACGACAAUAAUGAUGACGUCAAGGUCGUCGAGCGCGAAGCGGUCACACCCGCUGAGAAGCCCGAGUCGCUGCCCAGCCCACCUGCGGCAAAAUCGUCUCCGGAGCAGAAACAUUCGUCGCCAAAGCAACCUUUCCCACUUCCGCCUGUGAACGGAACCGGCACUGUACUGGAUUCGAAUGACGCUGUGGAGUUUUCAGCAAGCGACGCGGCAGAGCCUCAUGAUCCAGAAGAGAUGGGCAUGGCUGUCUCAUUGUCGAUUCCAGAACAAGCGUCGGCCGGGGCUCAAGGGCCAGGGGUUACAGAACAAAGUGGUACCUCUGAUGCCGUCACACUUGACAACAUCCCCGCCGCUGCCGCCGAGCACAUCCAAGAACCUGAACCGAUGGAGGUCGCAUCGCCGAUCGAAGACAACAUCAAUGCCUCAAGCAGACAGCAGACGCCGAUGGAAUGGUCACCCACGCCAUCACCCGAACCUGAAGUCGUGAUCGGAGCAGAUGGGUUUCCCUUGCCCACCGCAGAAGAGCUCGACGCACUUGACGCCGAGGACGAAGACGAGAUCGCCCGACUCAACGCUGACCAGAACGAGUUCAUUGCCUUCCUCAGCGCUACCAAAGGACGAAGCUUGCUCGACGUGCAGAAAGAAGUCGAGAGUGAGGUCAAUGCUCUCCGUGCCGAGUUCGCCAACAGCCGUCGCUCCGAAGAAGACAUCACUAAGCAGAUGGCACAAGAAAUCCAGAUGAUGUUGCGGCUUUUCGGUCUGCCGUACAUCACAGCUCCUAUGGAAGCCGAAGCUCAGUGCGCAGAGCUUGUUUCACGACGUCUGGUGGAUGGCAUCAUCACUGACGAUAGUGAUGUGUUCCUCUUCGGCGGUACAAGAAUCUACAAAAACAUGUUUAACAACAACAAGAUCGUCGAGUGCUUCCUCCUCUCCGACAUGCAGCGAGAGUUGGGACUCGACAGAGAGAAGCUCGUCCGCUUAGCUUACUACCUCGGAAGUGACUACACAGAGGGACUGGUCGGCGUCGGACCGGUCGUUGCGAUGGAGCUAUUGGCGUUGUUCCCAGGUGAAGACGGACUGCUCAAGUUCCGUGACUGGUGGAUGCGUGUACAGAUGGGACAAGAUACCGAGGAGCAUACCCGAGGUAAGACGAUGCGAAGGAUCAAGAAGAACCUUCGUAACAAGGUCCACCUCGAACCAUCCUGGCCAGAACCUGCCGUGCUCGAUGCAUACUACAAUCCUACGGUGGAUGAGAGCGACGAGCCUUUCGCUUGGGGUCUGCCGGAUCUCGACAGCUUGCGAACGUUUCUCGGAGAGUACCUGCACUGGCCAGUCACCAAGACCGACCAGUACCUGCUCCCUAUCAUUGAGCGUCAGAAUGUACGCAACCGAGCUCGAGGUAACCAGGCGACUCUCGACCGAAACGGGUUCUUCGACACUUCUGCAGGCACAGGCAUCUACGCGGGCAGGAAGAAGAUCACAUACGGCAGCAAUAGGUUGCAGGAGGUCAUCAAUGGCUUCAGAGCUGCUAACCGAGCCAACAAGGCAGGCGGAAAUGCUUCCGCUGCGAGACGGAAGCGUGGAGCUGAUAGCGAGACAAGUAGCAGCAGUGACGAUGACCAAGUACAGGUAGUCGGUGCUCGUAUGCAGACACCGAUGGUCUCAGAAGAGAUGCUAGGCAAAGAGAUGGCUAAGAAUAGGCCCAUCGUUCGACGUGAAGAUGCAGCCGGUGGUGGGGAUACGGAAGAUGAAGCUACGAGAGAAGCCAGACGUGCGGAGUUGGAUGCCGCGAUCGAGGCUCUGGAAGGUACUGCCCCUGCGGAAAAAUCCGGCACAGCGCCGGAUCAGGGUUCCGCCUCGAAACGGAAGAAGAUCGCUGCUCGCAAAGCAGCCGCCACCACUGCCUUCACCAAUGAAGAGGAUCUUUCGUCCUCGGCCAGUAGCUCUGCUGAUGAAGUCGAAGAGUCUCAGCCCACAGCUAAGACUGCGCGCACCGCGCCCGCCCGCGGCCGGGGCAGAGGACGUGGACGAGCUCGAGCUCGAGGCAAAGCAACAGCAGCAACCUCAUCCGCAUCAAUUAGGGAAACAGCAACUCGUGGAACAACAACUCGUGGAACAACAACUCGUGGAACAACAACUCGUGGAACAACAACUCGUGGAACAACAACUCGUGGAACAACAACUCGUGGAACAACAACUCGUGAAACGGCGACUCGUGGUCGCGGAGCAAGAGCAAAACUCCACGCAGCCCGAAACAUGUCUCUCGAUGACAUUCACACACUGCCAGAGAGUCGAAGCCCAAGUGUAGACCCAGGAACAUUGAGGGCGAGAAGCAGGAUGUCGAGUAGCGCUGUUAGCUCGUCUAAUCGGUCUACUCCGGCUAGGUGA